AUGUCGUUCACAUUUGAUAUUUCAUCGAUCAAGUCUAACCCUGAUGGUUGGGGUCCAACCGGUUCUGUCGAAAAGUUUAACGAUAUUCCAUAUGCACCAUUCAGCAAGAGCGAAAAGAUUGGCAAGUGCUCAGAUUGGAACUCUAACAUGAAGAUUUAUCAAAGACAAAAUAUAUAUGGAGCCAAUGCCUCGAAUCCAUUCACAUACAAACUUGAAGAUGAUGAGGAUAGUUUCCAAUUGGUCGAUUACUCGAGACCUGUAUCAAAGACAUCAUAUGGUCACAGAGGUGGAAGCAACCGUGGUAAAUUGGGAGGAAACCGUGGUGGAUUCUAUCAGAACCGUCAAGGUGGACGUGUCAUUCUUCCACGUCAAGGUGGAGGUGGUGGUGGACACCGUGGUGGUAAGCAAGGUGGUCGUUAUGGCAACCGUUAUCACUGGAACGAUCGUCGUCAAAAGAGCAGAGAGUCAUCGGUCCAAAUCGACCAGACAUGGGAGAUGAAGGAGGAACUCGACUUGGCCGCCCUCAAGCAAUACGUCAUCGAGGUGAACCCAGUCGCCGAGUUGGUCGCCACCUGCGGUAACGUUAAAUUCUACAACAGAUCGAUUGAAAAGGUAUCGGCCCGUGACGAAAAGACAUUGCAAAAGAACGACAAGAUGUUGCCACUCAUCCAAACCUCGGACGAUAAGAUCAUCCGUAAGAACUUUACUCAAGGUAAUGUGUAUGCCACCGACGCCAUCUUGGCCACGCUCAUGACUGCCAACCGUUCCGUCUACUCGUGGGAUAUCGUUGUUGUGCGUGUCGCCGGCAAGAUCUUCUUUGAGCACCGUCCAGGCAUGUCUGACGUCCUCACCGUCAACGAAAACGCCUCGCACCACCACGACGACAAGGACCCAAUCAACGCCCCCAGCGCCUUGUCCAGCGAAGCCAGCGUCAUCAAUCAAAACUACUGGCAACAGGUACUCGACCACCAAGCCGAGCCCAUCAAGUUUGACAGCCAGCUCGACGAGGAAGACCUCGAGAACUGCGUCGAAGUCGGUUACCGUUACUACAAGUGGAACCUCGGCGACGAUAUCACCGUCAUGGCUCGUACUGAAGUCGACGGUCUCAUGCCAGGCUCGACUGCCGCCAACCCCAAGUUUGUCGCUAUCAAGGCAACCAAUGAAUACGACCCAAUGCGCGACCAAUCAACCGAUUUUAGAAAGAACAUUGAUCAACAACGUGCUUCGGUCCUCGCCACUGAAAUGAAGAACAAUUCCAACAAGUUUGCCAAGUGGUCUAUCCAAGCCACCCUCGCCGGUUGCGAUCAAGUCGCUCUCGGUUACGUCUCGCGUAACAAUCCAAACGACCCAACCAACCACGUCAUCCUCGCCUCUCACAUUGUCACCACCGCCAGUUUGAACCAACAAAACCGUGUCGACAUGAGAAACAACUGGGGUAUCCUCAAGCGUAUCAUCCAAAGCUGUCAAAAGUUGCCCAACGGUAAAUACCUCUUGCAUCGUGAUCCAAAUCGUGCCGUCAUCAAUAUCUACUCUGUACCAGAAGAUGCUUUCGAUCCAGAGGAAGAAGAAUUAUUAGAUGAAGAAGAAGAUCAACAAAAUAAGGGUUGGGUUGAAAAUGAUUCUCGUUAG